AAAAAGACCAGUCCCUUUGUUCUCAUUUCUGUCCAGAACCUUCUGUGUCGUCAGCUUCGCUCUCAUUUCAGGUAAGGAAAAACAAAGGACUUCAGUGUUUUGCAGCUUUAUGUUUGCUGGUCUAACGGCAAACGAGAUCAUAUGAUCUGCAAGAAAAGGUCUGUGUUUUUAUGGAUGUAUGCUACAUGUAAGUGUCUGUGGGCUAGCAGCUCAGGCUGAUGGGAAUGAUGUUAGUUUGCAGACAUUAGGUCGUAAAAGUUUUGGACAAGUGAACGUCUGACCACAAAUGUGUCCCAGUCCGUCAUGUUGAUGAGGAGAUGAGAUAUGGCUAAACGUUCCUCAGUGUCCUGGUUACUAAUCAACAGAACAUGCUGUCAGCAGGUUUCAUGGGGAAUAUUUAUGAAUGAAAGUACAUCCACUGGCAAUUUAUCACAGCAAGCUCUCUGAUUUGUCAAGCCGAAUCACAGCUAAUCACUAACAGGCCUGUUUUCACAGCAGACAUUUUGGCAAGACCCUUUCUUUUUAAUUCUUCAGCCACAGUUCUGUCUUCCUGUCUCAUCUCAUUCACUGCAGUGGCAACACAUCUUGAAGUUCCAUUUUUGAAUGAUGAAUGACACACGUUGCUUCAGUCAUCGCUCUUGUCCUACAAAAAGUUUGAUUUUCUCUUUUGAUUUGUGGUUUGUUCCUGAGCAAACCCUCGUUUGUGCUGGCUUCACGUCAGGGGAAAUCCCAUGGCAGGUGCUGCUGUCAAUUUAAGUUGAUUUGAGACUCACAGGUCACAGGUGUGUGAGUUACAAAUGGGACUCACAGAGCCUGCUUAAGCAAGGAUUUUUAACGUUCAGCAUCUUUAAUGAAUUAAACCAAAGCACACUGUCGGAAAUGAUAUUAAGUUCAAGUGUAAAUCAAAGAACAAUUUUACAAAUGAGGGCCCUGCUACUGUCCAUGCUGGCUCAUCCUCAUGGUUUUCUGUGACGCUUGAUGGAACAGAGACGUCAUUAACUGAAUUAGUUUCACCGUUGAUUAUUCUGCUGUGACGAGCAAAAAUGUCCGCUGUGUAAAAGCUCCACUGUGGAAAGCAGGAAAGCUCAGCAUUACGUAAUCUUUAUCGUGCUGUUGAACUGUGAUGCAGAAGAAGCCAGGCUACUGACACUAAAACUGUCUGCAGGGUUACACACCUCUACAGACCUUCCGAAUCUGAUGCCCAGCAGCGCUCCCAGCAGGUAGGGGCCUCCAGGGGCCCUACAGGUCUCAGUAAGAGCCGCACUGUAGACGCCUUCAACCAGGGCCCACCUGGAAAGCCCACGCCGGGCCGCAGCCCCUCAUCCCUCAGCCUCUUUGAGUCCAGAUUCCGGCAGGAGCCAAAAGACCCAGAGACUAAGUCGUCCGGCAUGUUUGGCUCCAGUUUCCUCAGCGGGGCCAACCCGCUCAGUGCCGUGUCAUCCAUGACUUCCUCUGUGUCCUCCUCCAUAUCUUCCAUGGGCGACUCUGUUAACAUGCCCAAGUUUGGACUAUUUGGGGAUGAGGAAGAGGGAGAUGCAUCUGCUACACCUGAGUCCAAACAGGGAGGAAAGCCACCAGGCAAGGGCCCCCAGCAAGGGCCCGGUCCAAAAGGACCACAGCAGGGAGCACCUCAGAAACAGGGUCAGGGCCCUCCUGGACAGGGGCCAAAGCUGGGGCAAGGACCCCCUGGUCAGGGACCCAGGCAAGGUCAGGGACCACCAGGACAGGGACCCAAAUCAGGUCACGGGACCCCUGGUCAGGGACCCAGGCAAAGUCAGGGACCACCAGGACAGGCACCCAAAUCAGGUCAGGGGCCCCCUGGUCAGGGACCCAGACAAGGUCAGGGGCCACCUGGCCAAGGACCCCCAGGGGCCACCAAACCAGGUCAAGGACCACCAGGUCAAGGCACCAAACAGGGUGGCCCUCCCCAGCAAAAAGGUGGGCCCCCUCAACAAGGACCCGGGAAACCUGGGACUCAUCCUGGAGAGCCAUCUAAGACUGGAGGGCCUCCUAGUCAGCAGGGGGCUGGAAAGCCUGAAGGUGGACUCUGUCCUCUGUGUAAGACCACUCAGCUGAACACUGGAUCUAAGGACCCACCUAAUUACAGUAACUGCACUGAGUGUAAGAACCAGGUCUGCAGCCUCUGUGGGUUCAGCCCCCCAGACUCGGCGGGUAAGGAAUGGCUGUGUCUGAACUGCCAGAUGCAGCGAGCGAUGGGUGGUAUGGAUCCCCCUGGUAUGACAAAACCCAAACAAGGCUCGGCCCCACCCUCGCCCCAGAGACAGGCACCUGGAAAGCCCGGGAAGCUGCUAAUAAAGCAGCAGAGUACAACUGACCAAGGGUUAACGCCGCCAACCACACCCAGGCAGAAAUCCCCUGGUCUUGCCUCUCCUGGACCGCUUUCCCCAGGCUCCUCAGCGGGAGGAUCCCCAAAAAUCGACCCCAAGACAGGCCGGCCCAUUCAGCCCAAGUCCAGUCCACAGCAGUCUCCAGCUAAAGCCAAGCAAGAUUCCAGUUUUUUUGGGGGGUUUGGUGGUAUCAGUCUGGGAAGCUUAACAGAUGCUGCUAAACCUUCUGCACCUGCUUCACAAGCUGCUGAGUCCGUAACAGGGAAACUGUUUGGUGGGUUUGGUUUGACUGAAUCGUCGAAACCUCAAGCGCAGGCCCCGUCAAAGCAAGAGGAGUCAGUGGCUGGGAAGUUGUUUGGAGGUUUUGGAGGGUUGACAGAGUCGACAAAACCUCCCGCCGCUGCUUCUCAGAUGUUCAGCUUCGGAUCGUCAUUCUUGAGCUCAGCCACCAGUAUUGUCACUGGGGAGGACCAGAAGGUGGAAGAUUCUCCACCGGGGUCGCCGCCAGACUCCCCAGCUGACUCCGGACCAGGUUCCCCUCCAGAUUCUGGUCCCGGCUCGCCACCUGACUCCCCCUUCUCUCCUCCUGGGUCUCCUCCUGAUUCGGACCCUGCUCCUGACACCCCGCCAGCUAAGUCCAAGAAACCCCCCAGAACCAUUUCUGUGGAGCAGGAGGAGAAAGCCUCAGCUGCUUCAGCCCCAGCAGUCAGGGAAAGCUGCCCUCUCUGUAACGUCGAGCUGAACGUUGGAUCUUCAGACGCACCCAACUACAGCCUUUGCACCGAGUGCAAGAAGAAAGUGUGCAAUCUGUGUGGAUUUAAUCCUACUCCUCACCUAGGAGAGAAAGAAUGGCUUUGCCUCAACUGUCAGACCCAAAGAGCCAUGUCGGGCCAGCUUGGAGACACGCCGCCUCCAGCCGCGGCUUCCCCAAUGAAGCAAGCACCUGCUCCUGCUCCUGCUCCUGCUCCCUCCGCCACUCCUGCCCCAGAUGCUUUAGCUAGCAAACCUGUAGUAGAAACAGCAGAUCUAAUCCCACCAGCUCCUAAGGCCAAGGUGAAAACAGUGGAGACAUUGAAAGAGCCUGGAGAGAAAGAGAUGGCUGCCAAGGAAGGAAGUCCCACCAGCCCAUCAGACCUGGCAAAGUUGGAAAGCACAGUGCUUCCUAUUCUUGAGGCCCAGGCAAGCACGCAAUCAAAGGAUGAGGAGAAGUUAACAGACACUCUAAAGACCAGACGUAAAUUAGAGGUGCUUCCUCUCUCGCCUGAUUCCCCUAGCUCAGAGGAUGAGCGAGAACUUUCUGAGAAGACCAUCAAAGGUACCACAAAGAAAAAGCUCCUCAUGCCCAUGGAUGUCAGAGCAGAUUCCCUGGAUGAUAGCAGUGAAAGCUUUGGAAAAGAGAGCCCGAUGUCAGGGGAUGAUGAGGAAUUUAUCCGAAAGCAGAUAAUGGAAAUGAGUGAAAAUGAGGAUGCCUCCCCGUCUGAUGAGGAAAAUCUUAUCCGGCGAAAGAUCCGAGAAGAUGAGAAAAAGCAAAUAGAGCAGAAGAAAACAGAAGCUGCACAGAAGAGCACAUCAGGAAAAGCUAGGCGACUUACUAAGAAAAGCACUAUAAGUCCAGAUGAUGAAGAAGAUAAGCAACUCAGAGGCUCUUUGGAUAAACCUGAUAUAGACAAAGAAGAGGGACCAGAACUAAAAGAGGACCGUCAGACUGGUAUGGCAGUUCGUGAAUUCCAUGCUAUGGAGCUGAAUACAACCAGCAGCCCUAUGCGUAUACCUAAUGAUGAUGGAGAGCCUGAAAUGGAAAGCCUAACUGACUCUCCAGAUGAUCGAUCUCGAGGUGAGGGAUCAUCAAGUCUACAUGCAUCUAGCUUUACUCCUGGGACAUCCCCAACAUCCCUCUCAUCACUGGAUGAAGACAGUGAUAGUAGUCCGAGCCAUGUCCGUUCUGGUGAAGGUAAACAGCAUAGGAAAGCCAAACACAGGCAAGCUGGUCAAAUGCUGCCAACUAUUGAAGACUCUUCUGAGGAAGAAGAGUUGCGGGAAGAAGAGGAGCUCCUCAGGGAGCAAGAGAAACAGAAGGGCUCAGGGAAAAAAUCCAAGAAAGACAAGGAAGAGAUUCGAGCCCAGAGGAGACGAGAGCAUCCAAAGACACCACCAAGCAACCUGUCCCCCAUUGAAGAUGCCUCUCCAACUGAGGAACUGAGGCAAGAGGCAGAAAUGGAGGAGAUCAGACGAUCAUCCUGCUCUGAUUUCUCCCCCAGUAUUGAAUCAGAUCCUGAAGGGUUUGAAAUCCAUGCUGCAAAGAUUGCAGCAGUUCAGAAAACUUAUCAACUGCCUACAUCAGUAUCUCUUCACUCCCCAACAGAUGAUCAAAAUAUUAAUAAACAACUGAAAAAACCUCUCAAAUCUGCAGAUGAAACUUAUGAGGAAAUAAUGCUGAGGGCUACAUCUCCAACUAUUGACAAAAGAGAGGUUCAACCAGGGAAAGAGUCCCUUUAUGGAGGCAUGCUCAUUGAAGACUAUGCUUAUGCAUCUCUUAUUGACAAUUCAACUGCUGAUCUCGGGGAGCCAGAGAAGAUUGUUGUUCCUGCUCAGCCCAAAAAGCUGAGAUCACCAGAUGAAGUUUAUGAAGACAUGAUUAAGAAGAGAAAAGAAUUCAUGCAGCUGGAGCAGGAAUAUCAAAAUAUGCAGCCAAAAAAUGAAAGCCCUAACCCAGAAAUUGUGCUGCAUCCUGCUGAGAAUACCUUCACCAAAAGCAGCACAGUAACAUGCGGAAAAGAUGGAAAGCCAUUAUUAGAUGCUGAAACUGCUUAUGAAGAGCUAAUGAAAAGAGUGCUGACUCCUGGAACAAGUCCAACUCAGCAGGAGCCAGAAGUGGAAUCUACUGCAUCCAGACGGGCACUCCACCCCAUCCCAGACUUAAAAGUGACACAGUGCUCUUCAGGAGAGUUGUCUUCUGAUGAUGAGAGUAUUACCAAAAAAGAAGAAGAGGUAACUGCAGUAUCAGAGACAGCAUCAGAUGUGAAAACUGAACCUUUGAGUGUGUUUUCUGAGUCUACUCCAUCAUCCACAUCAGAUCAGGAAAGUCAUGCCAUAAUUACAACAUCCCAGGCCGAUGUGGUGGACUUAUCCAGUACAGUCCCAAGAACAUCAGCCCAUGUGAUUGCUAGUGUCUCACCCUUGCCUACAGUCCCCCAGUACACACCCAGUAUUCCCAGUGUAGUGUCAACUGCCCCACCUGUACCUCCCAAGCCAAGCAUUCCACUUAGGCCUAAUUCUCAGGAAAAAGCAGAAGUACCUGUUGCACCACCACUGCCUCCUCCCACCCCACCAAAACCUACCGUUUUUCCCAGGAAACCUCCGGUUCCUCUUCCACCUCAGGCUGCAGCAGCUCCAAUCAGGCCAGAGACAGUAGCUAUGACUACUGGCCAAGGAUCACCUUCAAAACAAGUAAUUACACCAAUGUACAAACCCCACGUUCCCCCGCCUGUUCCCCCAAAGCCCUCUAUUCCGACUGCAAUUGGGGAUAGCAGACCAGGACAUAGUGUCAAACCACCAAUUGCACCAAAGCCUGGCUCACAGCCUUCUUCACCUGCCCACGCUCCACACCCACCAAGACCAACUGUACUUCCCACCAGUUCUGCUGACAUAGCCCUGAAUUUGAGCCCUUCUUCUGAGAGCAAGCCAUUUCAACCCUCACCAAAGUCUCCUUCUUCUCCAAGAUAUGCCAGGAAUCUUCGUGACACAUAUGUGGUCAUCACGCUACCAUCUCAGCCCAGUUCUCCAGUAGAGGGUGUCUCAACUCAAGCUCCCUCUAGCCCUGGUCCAGCAUCUCCUUCACGCCAAACUCAGCCACAAGGUUUCACCCCACCACCGCCUCAACCUCAGUCAUAUACACAUUCACAUCCAACCCCUCCUCAAACAACCAGGGUACCACUGGCUUACACCCGUGUCACUGAAUCCAUUGAAAGUCAAGAGAUUUGUGGCCCAGAAAAACAUGUAUCUAGUUCUUGUCACAUAAUUGAGGCUAUAUCUGCCUCAGCACAGCCACCUGUGGUCAUGCCUAAUCUCAUCUCUCAAGUGGUCACUACAGAGGUCCAAAGGACCACAGUUUCCGUUGUUCAUGAAAGGACAGCACCACCAGUGCCAGCUCCAAGGGCAAAUGGUGUCCCAAUCUCAGUGGAGAAAUCAAAGCCCCCUUUGCCAGCACAGAAUGGACAGACCUUCCAACCUUCGGAAGUGGUAGAUCUUCGGACUAUGAAGGUGGACCUAGAAUCAGACAUGAAUGGCGUGGAUCUCUCUGCUGGCCCAGACUCGAGACGUCAAUCGUUUGCAACGGAUGUCAGUCGUCAGAGCAGUGCUGUGCAGUCACCUGUGGUUAAUCUUAGCGCUGAAUCCUCCACUGUAUCUGUAGUGACUGACAGCAUCACCAUUGUGACCUGUGCUGCCACAAUCCAGCAAAACAACAAUGUAGACACCUCUAAAGCAUCCUCAGCGCCCCUUCAGUUAACAAAAAACAAAGCAUUUGAGCCUAUUUCUCAAAUUAUAUAUCGGCCCAUUGAUUCUCAGCCCUCCACUCAUGCUGGUACAGAGAUCCCUAUAAAUCUAUCGGUUGGAUCAAGCACAGGUGGAGGGAAUUUCCAGACCAACCCUGUUACUAUUGCACCCACCUCUAUUGCAAGUGCUGCCAAUGGAUUAACUACAGGUACAUCCACAGUGACAGGAGCUGUUGACCUUAGCACAACAAAAUCAUUCAACACUGUGGUAUCAGUGGAUGCUGCUUCUGCAGAAGUGGCCACCGCUGUAAUCACGGAUGAUGAUGGCAAACCAGUGGAUCUGACUGCAGGAAAAAGAGCUGUAUGUUGUGAUGUUGUGUACAAGCUGCCAUUUGCAGGAAGCUGCACCACUCAGCAACCUACCACACCCCUGCCUGAAGACCGUUUUGGAUAUCGUGAUGACCAUUAUCAGUAUGACCGAUCACCUUAUGGCAUGAGAGGGUUUGGUGGAAUUAAACCUUCAAUGUCAGACACAAAUCUAGCAGAAGCUGGCCUGUUCUUUUACAAGAGUAAGAACAGCUAUAAUUUCAGUGGCACCACGGAGGGUGCAGUAGAUCUUACCUCUGCAAAGAUUUCUGAUUCAGGUGAAGCUGUUGACUACUCCAAGAAAGGGACUUAUGCAGGAAUGACAAUUCCACCCUAUUCCCAAGCCAGAGACACAAGUGCCGUUGGUACACUCUUUGGUACAAGCAGUGUCUUAAGGUCAUCAAAUGGAGUGGUCUAUUCCUCUGUUGCAGCGCCAAUACCAUCUACAUAUGCCAUUACCACCCAACCUGGGUCCAUCUUUAGUACAUCAUAUAACACCUUGUCAGGUAUGCAUACCAGUGAUACCAUGCCUUCCCUGUCCAACCUCCAGAACAUGCCACUUACACGGUCCCACAGUUUCCUGUCCACCAUCUCCACUGCUACAACAGAAGAGCAAGGUGAUGGCCCACUUAAUCUGGAGAUAUCUAGAGGGGGUACUACUGCUGCCCAUACUAUCACCACAGCCUCUUUAUCCCUUGACACCUACACUGAUGCAUCCCUGGAGGCCAUAGCUGCUUCACUUGAGGCUCUGUCUUCACCCAUGGUUCCUGGGGAUGACCAGUAUCAGGCAGAACGUGAGAGGCUAGAAAUGGAGAAACUCAAGCAACAGCGCCUGGCUGAGGAAUUGGAGUGGGAGCGCCAGGAGAUUCAGCGGUUCCGUGAGCAAGAACAGCUCCUGGUACAAAAGGAAUUGGAGGAAUUGCAGGCCAUGAAGCAGCAAAUCCUGACCCAACAAGAGGAGGAAAGACAGGCUCACCUUAUGAUGCAGAAAGAAACCUAUGCCCAGCAACAGCAGCAGCUUGAGCAGAUUCAGAGACUGCAAGAGCAACUGCGCCUGCAACUGGAAGAGCAAAAGCUUCGUCAGAUGUACCCAGGUGGGGACAUACCAGGUCAUGGCGUGCAGGAGGCAAUUGUUUUAGGGCCUGAUGGCACAGUGCUAGCCCGAAAGAUCACAGAUAGUGGGUGCCAGACAGAUGAAGAGGAUGAGACAGUUAGCAAAGCUUACACAGCAGGGAGAAAAAAGAGAAGUGCUAAAAAGAGUGUUGACAGUUGUGUUCAGACUGAUGAUGAGGAUCAAGACGAAUGGGAGGCUCAGACCAGAAGCCGACAAAGCCGUCCACGCACUGCCAGAGGUGAUAGGGGUGGGCAAUCAGAGAUGUCUCUUCAAGCCCACACUGAGAUCUCCAUACAAACAGAUACAGAUGGGAACAUUAGAAUGGACACCAGGAUGGAGCUGUCUGACUCUGAAAGGACAUCGCCAAAGAAACGACCUACACCCUUAGAAAUAGGCCACUCUCCUAACCUCAAAGUUGAUUCCUCUACACUUCAGGCCCCUCCGAAAUCUCCCAAAGUGCUUUAUUCCCCUAUAUCCCCUUGUAUUUCUCCUAGCAAAUCACUUGAAUUUGUGUCCUAUGAGAAAUCGCUUGGUGAUACAAGCCCACAAAGGCUAAGAGGAAAUGAGGAUCCAUCAAAAGCCACUCCAGGAAGCCCCAGAGGACCAAAAGCCAUGCAAAGAUCCAUGUCUGACCCCAAGCCCAUGAGUCCAACAGGAGAAGAAAGAGCGACAUCUGGCACGCAGUAUGACGAUAACUGUACUGGCAAAGGCUCAGGUGGAACACCAACAGGCACUCAAAAGAAGGUGAAGAGGACUCUCCCCAAUCCGCCAUCAGAGGAUGAGUCAACAGCUACUGGUCAAACAGCAUACACCACUGGAUCUGCUCGCAGAAGAAUGUGUCGCAAUUCGAACAUGGCACGUGCCAAGAUCCUACAAGACAUUGAUCGUGAGCUAGAUCUGGUGGAACGUGAAUCUUCCAAGCUCCGUAAACGUCAAGCAGAACUAGAUGAGGAGGAGAAAGAAAUCGAUGCCAAGCUUAGGUACCUUGAAAUGGGCAUUAAUCGCAGAAAAGAUGUGCUAUUGAAGGAGAGAGAGAAGAGGGAAAGGGCCUACUUACAGAGUGUCGCAGAGGACAGAGACUACAUGUCAGACAGUGAGGUUAGUAACAUCCGAGAGACUAGAGGUGGGCGUGGAGGUGCUGAAGAUGAGGAGAUUGAAGGUCAUGGUCUUGAACGUCCCAGGACAGCUCCCCAGUCAGAAUUAGAUGACUUUGUCCCACCCCAAACAAAGCAUGAGUAUGGAAAAUACUCCCAAUACCAGUACCCUCAAAGCCAAUACCAGCAAACGCUCUACCAGACACCCCAGUCCUACCAAUCUCAUUCUAUCUACUCCUCAGUCCCCUCACUAACUAGCUCCCAACAACAGAGCUACCACCAGAUGCUUCUUUUGCAGCAAAAAGCUGCCAGACAAGCAGCCCUUCUGUCAGAGUUGGAUGCAACUAAAUAUGAUGUCAUCAGCCGCCAGCCUGAUCCCACAUCAUCAGCUUACCUGGGUGUCAAGUAUGACAAAUAUGGCAACCACCUUGACCUCAGAGCAUUGGAGGUGGGAAGUAUAGCACGUAGCCCUAUGUCAGCUGUCUCUGAUUCAUAUUACACUGAUGUAGAUCACCAUACACCUCGGAGUUACAUGUUGCUGGAAGAUGCUGCAGAGCUAGCAAAGGGCUCCACAGGUCUCUCUUCAUCAUAUAGUCUGGCUGAAAGGGAGCUGGCUAAGGCAGAAAAGCUGCUGCGGAGGAGUGCUGCAGAUCUGGGGUCAACUGACUAUCUGGGAUCCACCUCUAGACUCCAUACAUUUGGAAAGACCCCUGAUGAAGAGGAUACAAUGGAGGAACCCUAUGAACUGAAACUCCUGAAGCAGCAGCUCAAACAAGAGUUCAGGAGAAGUACUGGUACAGAAAACUUAGAACAAUUGACAGGUAUCUCCCAGCACUACUAUACCCCAAGCUCUGGCGUCUCAAGUUACUCCCAAAGACACUAUCCAAAGUCAGAUAAAUACAGUAUCAGUCGCCUGACUCUUGAGAAACAGGCAGCAAAACAACUUCCAGCAUCCAUGUUGUACCAAAAACAUAAGACUCCAUUGUUGGAUCCUAAAAUCUCCUCCAAGUAUUCCUCCAUUACAGAUAACAGAGGUUUGGACACAGAUUAUACUGGCUAUCUUGGGUCUACCAGUGCGAGAUCCAGCCGGCUGUCGCAAGAUGAGAUUACAUUUGGUCUUCGAAAGAAUAUUGCAGAGCAGCAAAAAUACCUGGGCUCCACCCUGGGUGCCAAUUUGGCUGGGUCACUAAACUUGGGACAGAGCUUAGGCUUGGAUUCUGCCUAUCCUAGUGGUAGUCGCUCAAGACCUUCAUCCAGGCCCACAUCUUGCUAUGGCCUGGACUUGUCCAUCAAAAGGGACCCUUCCAGUUCUUCACUGAGGCUUAAGGGAGACGGUGAAGCAUCUGGAGAUGGACCAAGCUAUCAAACCCCCUCUGGUCGCACAAAACCCACCAGCCUUCCCAUUGUACAAAGUGGGCGUGGCCGAAUACCCAUAGUGGCACAGAACUCAGAGGAAGAAAGUCCAUUGAGCCCUGUUGGGCAGCCUAUGGGUAUGGCCCGCGCAUCAGCGGGACCCCUGCCACCAAUCUCAGCUGAUUCAAGGGACCAGUUUGGUUCCUGCUUGUCCUUGCAGGACUCCCAGCAGCAGCAACAUAUCAGGGAAGAACCAACCAGGGGUAGGGGUUAUGUGCUGCUGGAUGACCUUCAGGGCACCAUGUCAGAUAGUGAAGCCCUAAGUGAUUCCCUGAUGACUUUGAACGGAAACGAUGCAACCAAUGCCUACCAUCUUAGACGAGAAGAGACAGACUGGUUUGACAAACCUAGAGACGGACGGUCAGAGAAUGGACAAGAGAAGCGACAGGGGAAAGGCCUGUACUACCCCUUCCCUCACCUCAGGGUCAAACUGCAGAGGGAUCCCAAAGACCGCAGUGUCUCAGGAAAUGGUCUGGGUAUCCGUGUUGUUGGAGGGAAAGAGGUCCCCGGCUGCAAUGGAGACAUUGGAGCUUAUGUUGCCAAAGUCCUACCUGGUGGAGCUGCAGAACAAACAGGAAAGAUUCUUGAAGGAAUGCAAGUCCUGGAGUGGAAUGGUGUUCCUCUGACGGGGAAAACCUAUGAGGAAGUACAAGGGCUUGUCGGACAGCUGUGUAAUGAAGCAGAAGUGUGUGUCAGACUCGAUCUCAACAUGCUGGCUGAGUCUGAAGGGUCUGAUCACCUGGACUUCCAGGAGCAAAGCAAAGGUGACAGACCUCCUCGGUCUCCGGGUGUUGACCCAAAGCAACUGGCAGCUGAGCUGCAGAAGGUGUCCCAGCAGCAGGCUCCCACCUCCACCACUUCCUCCGGCUUGCCUGCCUCCACCUCAGCAACCUCCAGCCCCGGCCAGCCUGGAUCACCUUCCGUCAGCAAGAAACGCCACAGCAACAAGACUGCAGAGGGAAUGAAGACCCAGACCCACCCCAUCUCUGGAGAGAUACAGCUUCAAAUCCACUACGACAAGCAGCUCGGCAACUUGAUCGUUCAUGUCCUGCAGGCCAGAAACCUUGUCCCGCGGGAUAACAAUGGCUACUCUGACCCUUUUGUUAAAGUUUAUCUCCUACCAGGGAGAGGUCAGGUCAUGGUUGUCCAGAACGCCAGUGCUGAAAACAAGAGGAGGUCCAAACACGCUGGCAAGACUCUGAACCCCGAGUGGAACCAGACUGUCAUCUAUAAAAACAUCCUCCUGGAGCAAUUGAGGAAGAAGACCUUGGAAGUGAGCGUGUGGGACUACGACAAAGGUUCCUCCAACGAUUUCUUAGGAGAGGUCCUUAUCGACCUGUCCAACACAGCCCAGCUGGACAAUGUCCCGCGGUGGCUUCCCCUGAAGGAGCAGAGCGAGGGGGACCACCACCGGCGCUCCCACUCAGGCCAGGGCCGACACAGUUCCUCUAAACCCUCCUCACAGCACUCCUCCCCUAAAACCACUGGCUCUUCGCAUGACAAUCAGGAUUCCCCCAAAUCAUCUGUCAUCAAGAGCCGCAGCCACGGGAUCUUUCCCGAUCCAGCCAAGGCUCGCUCGAGCUACAGGUCCGGCGAUGCCCCUGUCACAGCGGCCUCGUUGGACAGCGGCCUGAGCGGCAGUGCCUACAGCCUGUUGGACGAAGAGGGAGAGACAAACGAGGUGGACAGUGCCAUCUUCCAGGUGCCCCGAUUUGGAAAGAUCCCGAACGGCACAGACGUGAUGAAAUCAUCAAUGGGACUCAGUGACAUUGAAGGUAAGUCCCAGGUAAUGGGCGAGAUAAAGAUCGCUCUGAAGAAGGAGAUUAAGACGGAGGGUGAGCACCUGGUCCUUGAGAUCCUUCAGUGUCGCAACAUCACCUACAAAUUCAAGAGUCCAGACCACCUGCCUGACCUUUAUGUGAAGCUCUAUGUGGUGAACAUCGCCACCCAGAAAAGGAUCAUCAAGAAGAAAACCAGAGUGUGCCGUCAUGACCGUGAGCCAUCUUUCAACGAAACCUUCCGCUUCUGUAUGAACCCCACCGGACACGCUCUACAGCUGUUCCUGGUGUCCAACGGCGGCAAGUUUGUGAAGAAGACCCUGAUUGGGGAGGCCUACGUGUGGCUGGACAAAGUCGACCUGCGCAAGCGAGUGGUGAGCUGGCACAAGCUGCUCGCCAGCACCGCCCAGAUCCACUCGUAGAAGGAGACCCAAGCUGGAAAAAAUAAAUAAAUAAUAAUCCUGAGAGGGUACGGAUAGGUUUCUGGCAUCUGGGUUGGGUGCGGGACAGGGCAGUUUGGGUGAGAAAAAUAUGUAUUUCUUCACUCUUUGUUUCAGGGCUCGAGUUUUGGAAGAUGUUUUGGGUUUGAUGAUGAUUUCUGUCAUGAAGGGAGUUUGGAGGAUGCAGUUCUGUGUUUACAGGGAAUGAAUGAACGCAGGUUUACCGGACGUACGGUGUACAGCUGUGUAGCCAGGGCUGAGGAGGUCAAAGGCAGAAUCAACCAGGUAUUACACACUUUAACUCGCAAACCGUCGAAACACACACACGCACAUUCGCACACACAGUUAUGUACGACAACUUUGCACGCAGGCAUUCACGCAGGAAAAAAAUCUUUAAUUCUACAGGGAAUGGACACACUUGUAGAUUUAUUCAGAUGUUUUAUCCAUGACAGAUUUUCCUCAUUGCUUUAUUAUGACCGCAGAGUUUUAUUGAGUUACAAAGCAUUUUGGGAAAGAAAUAUUGAAGACUCUUAUUUAUUUUUGUAUUGCAAUAUUAGCAUAGACUUAUAUCAUUUGUCCUCUCCUUAGUUAUUUAAGUAGUUAAGAAUAUAUCCCGGGAAGGAAGCGUAUUAUAUUUUAUAACUCACUAAAUAUCAUUCCAGUUGAAGAGAGGCAAAAAAAAAAAAGAAAUCUCAGCAAGCAUGACUUCAUCCACUUUGGACCCCAUCUUUUCUCUCCACAAGUGUAAAAUGAGUUCUAUCAAAUGAUGAUUAUUGUCUGAUAAAGGAUAUAUAUUGACAUAUAUCAAAUUGGACACUAUAUAUUGUGCGCAUGAGUCUAUUUGGUAUGCAGUGCCACAUGUUGUGCACAAAACAUGAAAAAAAAAAUCACCUUUAAGAUUCACUUUGUAUAUAGUGGAGUGUAAUAGCUGGAAAUGAAUUAUAACAUAUAUUAGAUAUAUAGAUAUCUUUAUCACAGACAAUCGAGUCUUGAUGAUUGUGACAUAGUUUUUAUUUAUCCAUGAUGCCCUGUUAGAAUGUGACACAUUUUACCACGAGAUUUAAGUAUUUCUUGAUUUUUUGUUUUGUUUCUUUGUGAGAUCCAAGCACAUUAUGAGUCCCGUAUCAGUUCCCGAAAAUGCACGCUUUUGUGGUAUUUUGCACAUUUUCUGCUUAGAAUGUAAAAACCGACGCCAUCGCCCUGCUCAAAAUGAGACAGCCAGAGAUUUUCUUUUUUUCCAAAGGGAGGAAGCAGAGGGGGGUAAAGUAAAGACAAUAUCAGAUUACUGUAGCGAACAAAAGGUAAAUGUGCCGGAAACCAUCUAAGAUACGACAAAGCUAUUGCGGUAGCAUGUUGAUGUUUUGUCCCAGCUUUUUCGUCAUCCCUGUGUUGUCUUGUUGCGUCUUUGAAAAUCAACUGUGCCAGUUAUGUCUUCAGAAAGGUCGUCGUGUGGUGUUUGUAUGAGGGGGGGUCAAGAGGCAGGACAGUCGGUUCAUUCAGCAUUUUCAGUCAAACUUAGCAGUGGAACUACACUUACUGCGUGAGGGAUUUCUAUGCAACAUCGACCCCAUAGAGGUGGUAACUGCAUCUUGACUUGCCAGAAAUGAGAAAAGGAUUUCUAUCGAUUUUUCUUUUGCACUGCUGUUUUCAUGUCCUCCAUAAAAUGGUUAUUGCUUUAAUAUGUUGCUUUUUUUUUAAAUUUACUGUUAUUUUGUAUUGCUAAAUGAAUCUUUAUUUAUUGCCUGUAAGACAAUUUCAUAUGUUGUAUUAUAUUCGUUUACAGUACAUAUCAGUUGUACAUAAAAAAAACAGAUGAGAAUUUUUGUUUUUAUACACAAUGUAGUGCUUGUUUACAAGGCCUGAAACUCAGAGAACCAACUUUUUUGCCCUUGUGCACCAACACACAAUCACAUACGGAAAUUAACAUGCACAUGAAUUUCACGUAGUCCUGAAUCACGAUAAGAAAAAAUGACGUUCCCAUUCAAAUGAUUCACAUGUUUUUAUGCACCACCCCCCCUUUGAAUAUUUUGCUUUUCCAGUAUGUGUAUGUAAAAUGACCAAAAAAACCCCACGAUAUUGUAAUCGAUGGACAUUAUACCCGAAAUGAUACUUUUAAGGUCAGUCUGUGUUUUUUUUUUCCUGUUUGCCUUAUUUUUUCAUAGCCACAUGCUUGUGUGUGUAGCACCUCCAUACCAAGUCCAUGCAUGUCAUUGGCUAUGUCGCAUAUCUCUUCUUUUAAAUGUUGUCCGUCUAAAAAUAUCCACUUUAAAAUCUCUCGUAACACACAAAGAAUCACAACUGCCCACACACACACACACACACACACACACACACACACACUCACAAACACAAAUGCCAUCUAUCUAUUUCCAACCUUGUAAAUACAUAACUUUUUUUAUACUGGGGUUUGGGGAAGCAAUAGGUCUUUUAGCAGACAAAAAAGAAAAAGAAUGGCGUGCGGACAUAGAAUUCAAAAGAAGUUGUUUUUCUCUCGAUCAAUGUAUAGCGGAUAGACUGAGAAAUGAGCUUAUGUCUGUCGAUAGGGACCCAGAUUUACCCAACCCUUUACACCAAACACUUAAAGGUUUACCAGACUCUAACUACACAGAUGUCUAUCUCAACAACUCAAGCAGUUGCAGGAGAAUUUUAAUGUGCUCACACUGGAUGUUGCAUGUUUCGUUGGUGGUUCAUACUAUUUUUGUGUCCAGAUAUUAUUAAAGAAAAAAAAAGAAGAAUGAGGUAGAGAAAGCUAUAGAACAAAAUGUUAUAGAGGGGGAAAUUAUUAUUAUUAUUGUUAUUAUUAUUAUUAUGAAAACCUAUUAAAAUUAUUGAUGAUGUAUGCUGACUGUACAAAGAUUAUGCUUGUAAAACCUGUCUGGUUUUUCACCUGUAAGUAAACAGAAAAAAAAAUCUACUGUCAUGGUUUUGUGAUUGUAUACAGGAGGUAUUGAUAAAUUAUGCAAAUUGUGCUGUAAAAAUGGCUGUUGCCCCAUGUCUAAAUAUUAAAUAUAAGUACAAAUGAAGUGUUGC